UGCGCAUCCAACUCAGUAAUCGGUUUAUGGUAGUUGCCUACACAAGAAAAUUAGGAGUCGAUCUUGAAGGUCUCAUUGACAACUUUCAGAGCCACAGACAACAUUGACCAGACAACAUCAUCUCCAUUCGUAACGACGCCUAAACAAACCAACAUGUCGGAACACUUCAGCAAGGGCGGCAGCUUUCAGGCUGUCCCACAAAAGGCCCAGUCUCAGAAUUUGCCAGGACUCGAGAAAAACAUGGAGCCGUCCAGCGAGUCAACCAAGCUGGAGGGAGCCGGCGAGGCCUACGAGUACGCAGCGGCGGGAAAACUGAAGGGCUGCAAGGCAUUGAUCACCGGAGGCGAUUCUGGCAUUGGGCGGGCAGUCGCCGUGCUUUUUGCCCGGGAGGGGGCCGAUGUCAGCAUCGUCUACUUGCCAGAGGAGCAGCCCGAUGCCGAGGAAACAAAGAAGAUGGUAGAGAAAGAGGGAACCAAGUGCUUGCUCAUCCCCGGCGACCUCAUGGACUACAGCAAAUGCCGGGAAGCAAUCCAGAAGCAUGUCGACGCUUUUGGCGUCAUUCACGUCCUGGUCAACAACGCCUCCAAACAGAUCAUGUGCGAAGAUUUCGCGGAGAUUGAUCUCGACAACGUCGAAAGCACCUUCCGCAGCAACAUUCUGCAGAUGUUCGCCAUGACCAAAUACGCCCUGCACCACAUGAAAAAGGGCGCAUCCAUCAUCAACACGACCUCAACGGUAGCUUUCCGCGGGACGGCGUCCAUGGUCGACUACGCAGCCACCAAGGGUGCCAUCGUGUCAUUCACGCGGUCCCUCGCCAAGAGCCUGAUGCCCAAGGGCAUCCGUGUCAACGCCGUGGCGCCUGGGCCCGUUCAUACCCCCCUACAGCCCGCCUCUCGUCCUGCCGAACAGAUGGAAGGGUUCGGUUCCAAGUCGGGCAUCGGACGCAUCGGCCAGCCGAGCGAGAUUGCCCCGAGUUUUGUGUUUUUGGCUUCAAAGGACUCUGAAUUGUACUACGGCCAGGUGCUGCAUGCUUAUCCUCUGGGUGACUGAGCCAGGAAGGCGGUCAUAGACUCAUAGGGGGUUUGUUAGCAUGAGACUACUAACCUACCUUAGACUUGGAGCACAUGGAAUAGUAGGCAAGAAGGGGAGAAUGAAACAAGGUUCUAUUAAAGAUAAACUACUGCCCUGACCACGCC